AUGGUCAUUUGUACAAACUUCAACUUUAUAACCAAGCUCAACUUGAAUGAUAAUCUUAUCAAAGAGAUACCGCCAGACAUUUAUAAACUACGAGCACUCAAAGUGUUCUGGAUCAACAAUAAUAGAUUGUCAUCUAUUCCCGAUGAGGUGGGCCUGCUGUCCGAGCUGGAGGACUUCCAGGCGGACGGUAACCACGUCGCCAAGAUCCACAAGGUCUUCUUCGAGCUGAAAAAGAUCGACGAGCUGUCGCUGGCGCGCAACCAACUUCGCGAGCUGCCCGCCGCCGAGCUCAACAUGCUACGAUCACUGCGCACGCUCUCGCUCGAGGACAAUCAGCUGACGAUCCUGCCGGCGCUGGCCGGCCUCAUCUCGCUUCGCACACUCAACGCCGCGUCCAACCACAUCGAGUAUAUCUUUGCCGACUUUGUCCACUGUCAUCAGCUGGCUAACCUGUCGCUUGCGUGUAACCGACUCACCACGCUGCCAGACUCAUUCGGCACGCUGCGCACUCUCACCGUGCUCAAUCUACGCAGCAACCGUCUUCACACGCUACCCGAGUCAUUCGGACGCCUGACCAGCCUCACCACACUCCUGCUGUGGGACAACAGCUUCGAACACUUCCCCGUGUGUCUCACGCAGUGCACAGCGCUGACCGAACUGUCGCUGGCCAACAACAGACUCACCGACGUGCCUGCCGAGAUUGGCGCGUUGACCAACCUGCGCAAACUCUACCUGCAGUACAACGACAUUGAGCGUCUGCCCGUCGAGCUCAAGUACCUUCGCCAGCUCAGCACGCUACUUUUACAUCACAACCGCCUUCAAUCGAUACCUUGCGAGAUCUCAUUGCUCAAGUAUGUGGAGAGUCUCAACCUAACGGGCAACCCGCUGCCGGCGCGACUACUACAGGGCGACCUGGCCGUGCUACUCAAACAUUUGCAUUGCGAGCUGCUGCACAGACGCGAGAUAUGUGCACGGGUCAUCCAGAGACACUACAGGGCAUGGCGACGACAGUAUCGCUUCAGAUCGAUAGUCUACGAGUUGAUGGAUGGAUGCAAACAACAAAGGAUCAAGACCGAGGUCAGCAAGGAUGCGGACAAGAGACGCGCCGCAAUCAAGAUUCAGCGAUGGUACAGAUCGCGUCGUAUUAUUAACGCGUGGCAUGGGCUGGUGUCCAAGGCCAUGCUGCUCUCGUCCACGCGACUUCAACAAGCCUCACACGAAGGUCGACGCCUUGGCUCAAUCUUUGGAUUUGAUGAGCCAGACAGCGAGAGGAACAUCGUAUACACGUAUGGCCCACAGAAGAUCAUUAGGUUCGCCACGAUUGCCAAGCUGGUCGAGCAUCUUACGUACACAACAUACCAAGAGGCAGGCUUUGCCACCGCGUUCUUUGCAACAUGCAGCUCAUUCAUACCAUGCGUGGAGCUAUUCCAGCUGCUAUGUGUGCGCUACCAUGCCGAGCCACCACUCACUGCCACGGCUAGUGAGCUAGCCACAUUCCGCAAGAUGGUGCGCCCUCGUAUCCAGGAGCGAGUGAUCGAGAUGAUUGGACAUUGGAUCAAGAACCAUCUCAACGACUUUGAGACCAACGCUACGCUGUUGCGCAACUUCAACAGCUUCCUACUCAACACGCUCAUGCUAGAGAAAGAGACUUCGGCGCGCCGCCUGAUCGCUAUCUUCAACGAGACCAAGAAGAAGAGCAAGGAUGACCUGGAGGAGUUGAUCAAGUUUGUAAACAACGCACCCAAGCCCUAUCUGCCACUGCGGCCGACCGGUCCCUACACCCUGCUGGAGCUGUCGACCAUUGAGGUGGCGCGUCAAAUGGCACUGAUCGAUCACACGAUGUUGACUCGUAUCUCGGCACACGAGCUGCUGUCCAAGCGCUGGAGCACAGUCAGCGACGAAUGCCCCAACAUCAAGAACAUGAUACAUGUAUUCAACAAUGGCUCGCAGUGGAUAGCUUCGGAAAUCGUGAUGGAGCGCAAGUCCAAGAUCAGACGACGCAAGCUCAAGUUCUUCUUGGACGUCGCAAGACUCUGCUUCGAGAUGUGCAACUACAACAGUCUGAUGAUGAUCGUCAGUGGCCUGAUCAGCAGCUCAGUCGGACGCCUCAAGGGCACCUGGGGUGCACUGUCCUCGCGUCGACGCGAACAGUUUGACGACAUGACUCGCACGAUGAACAUGGAAGGCAACUACAGGCAGUACCGCAUACUGCUGUCCGAGACUAAAGGUCCAUGCAUUCCAUUCUUUGGACUGUACUUGCAGGAUCUCACAUUCAUGGAGGAGGGCAAUCCGACGUUUAUCAACGGCUUGCUCAACUUUGUAAAGAAGCGAUUGGAAGCCAACCUUGUGAACAAGUUCAUGGCGUUCAAGCAGACGCCCUUCUGUUUCGCGCCCGUCAGCUUCAUACAGGACAUCAUCCUGAACACGCCCGUAUUGACCGAGGCACAGCUCUACGAGAAGUCGACGGCGAUCGAGAAGAGACACAUGAAGAAGAUCAUCAAGCGAACGGAUCGCGAGCGUCAACUGACAAUGUCUACAUCGAGUAAUGACCUUGCGGGAGACCUGUUGUUGUCGCCAUCCAAGCUACGCAUCGAUACAACAUCAACAACGACGACUACAUCAUUAUCAUCACCUGGCAAGAAGUCAAGGAGACAUCGUGACUCGACCACACUGUCCUCGCCGCCCUCCUCGCCAGUCUCGAUCUCAGUCUCGCACUCACCAGUCACGCCCCUCAACUUGUCGUCGAUUCGUUCGCCACCAAGCAGUACGAGCGAUUGGAUGAAGAAGGGCGAUGCAGCCAACACUUCAUCACCAGCGAUCUUGACCUCGCCCGCCAACAAGGUACCUUCACUCGACUUUAGCAUUUCGUCACAGUUACAAUCGGUCGGACACUCGCCACUCUAUCACUCGGUGGAUCACUCCACUCCCUCUUCGCCAUCAAUCACAUCGCGAUUUAAGCAGUCGCCACUCAGCUCAUUCAAUCCCAUACGCAGUCUGAACAAUCUGGCCUUCCCUCCAUCACUGGUGCCUCGAUCACCGCGUGAUUCUCCUCGUGGUCCACGCAUCGGUACCGAAUCGCCGCGCAACGAGUCACCCCGUCAGACUGUCGUCACCUUUGACGUCAGUCCAAUUCACUCGCCCUACAAUGAACGUCGCUAG